CAGAUCGACUUUUCCGGUUUACUUCCGGUAUUGAUUGAACAUAUGCCGUUGUAGCAGAGUAGUGCUUUCUGUCGGACUCUUGCACGUUACAUUUUUUCAUAAUAUCUUGAUCGAUAAUAUGGCUUUUGACCAGUCCUCUGCCAGUGCGUCUGAAAAUGCUGAGGCCUCGGAACUUCAGAUGAUGAUAGCAGUCGAGCAACAGAAAGCUCAGUUUGAAGCACAGGUGCACACCUUCACCGAUGUGUGCUGGGACAAAUGCAUGGAUAAGCCGAGCAGCAAGCUGGACUCCCGGACCGACACGUGCCUGGCUGGCUGCUGUGAGCGCUUCAUUGACACCACCCUCACCAUCACAAACCGCUUUACUCAUAUGGCGCAGAAAGGGUGCAUGCAUUGACUCAGCAGGGAGAAGAUGAAGAGAAGGGGUAUGCAUUCAUUCAUUCAUUCAGUCACUGAGCCAGACUCAACACUUCAGGGACAAGAUCAAAGGACCUGUGCAACGAUUAUCAUCUUGUUCAAUGACUAUGCUGAUCCAUUUUUAUUUUUAUUAUGUUUAUUUGGCAGGGACAAUGCACAACAAAAACAUAAGUCUCAUAGCACUGAGAAAUGAUGUCGCACCAGAUUUAGCUAAUAGCUACUUUCCAUCUGUAGUCCCUUGGCAGGUGAACAUGGACACAUUAUACACAAAACAGGCAACAUAAAUACAUCAGACAUGUACAAAACAAACAGAUUAGGACAUAGAUACCUUUUUAACACGUAGGUCAACACAUUGCACAUAAACAUGUUGCUGUUGGAUAAAAAUUGUUAUCUGUAAUGAUGCAGGCCUUUUGACUGUGCAUCAUGUUACGGAGUUCUAAUGUGGGAUCUUUAAUGGUAUUCAUUGCUCUGCUUUGAACAUGUCAAUAAAAGGAAUAGCCUGAAGAGCAA